ACGUCUUUGUCUUUCCUAGAAGGCUCCUUGAGCAGCCCAAGGUGUCAAGGUGGCGACAGCGCCCCUAGCGAGGGCUGGCUGGGAGCCGUCACACACCACACGUCAUCAGUGGGAGCUGGAGUGGGAGCACAGAAGAGUGAACUUCGACCGUGAGGGGUCGCUAGGAUACGCAGCCAGAUGCAGAGGGGGCCCUUGGGAUCAGCCUGGAGGCCCAGAGCCCAGCCGGCCAGCAGAGAGCAGCCAGGUGGAGCGGAACCAGCCUGUGAGGUGAGGUCGCGCUCCGAGGCCAACAUGCCCAGGACCAGACAGGGCAGCCGUCGAGGGUCGUCGUCGUCGUCGUCUCGCCGCUCCCGCACCUCCAGAGCCGAGCUGACCUUCUCUGUGAGCCUGGUGGAACACCAUCUUCGGGAGAGCGGCCAUGCCCGGCGGCUGAGCGAAACGGUGCCCAUCUUGCUGACCGCCAUCCUGGAGUUCCUGACCCGCAGGCUGCUGGAGCUGGCAGGCAAUGAGGCCCAACGCCGAGGCGCACAGAGGCUCAUCACCCCGGAGCUGCUGGACGUGACUGUCUACAAUAACACGCAGCUCAGCCAACUGUUCCAGUUCGCCACCAUCUCCCAGGUGGCCCCGGCUGGUGGCCCUCAUCGUGGGCGUCGACGUCGACGCUAGCUACUACCUGCUGCUGUCGCUGCUGCUGGCUGGCUCCGGGUUGCUGACCUGCCCACCCGCCCCAGUCCAUCCACCGAGCAUCGGUUCAUCCCGGUUCAUCCCGCCCAAACUUUCCCACAGACAGCCCGGCGAGGCUGGUCAGCCUCGUCCCUUCCUUCUCCCUGUUGUGCUCUUAUUAAAGCUUUGGUUCGAGAAGCCCA